GCGGGGCCGCGGCCGCGCACAUGUGACCGGCGGCGGCCGUGGGGGCGGCCCCGGUCGCGGUCCCGGCCCUGGCCCCGGUGCCGGAGGCGGUUGUGGCGCGCCGCGGCGGGGCAGUGCGGAGCGGCGGUGGCGGUGGUGGGGGAUGCGGAGCGGCCGGGUCCCGGGCAGAUGAUGGCGAUACGCGAGCUGAAAGUGUGUCUGCUUGGAGAUACUGGGGUUGGGAAAUCAAGCAUUGUUUGUCGAUUUGUCCAAGACCACUUUGACCACAAUAUUAGCCCUACUAUUGGAGCAUCCUUCAUGACUAAAACAGUGCCUUGUGGGAAUGAGCUUCAUAAGUUUCUGAUCUGGGACACAGCUGGUCAGGAACGGUUUCAUUCCUUGGCUCCAAUGUACUACCGAGGUUCAGCAGCAGCCGUGAUAGUUUAUGAUAUCACCAAACAGGAUUCGUUUCAUACUUUGAAGAAAUGGGUGAAAGAACUGAAAGAACAUGGUCCUGAAAACAUUGUAAUGGCCAUUGCUGGAAACAAAUGUGAUCUUUCUGAUAUCAGGGAGGUUCCUAUGAAGGAUGCCAAAGAAUACGCAGAAUCUAUAGGUGCAAUCGUUGUUGAAACCAGUGCAAAGAACGCUGUUAACAUUGAGGAACUUUUUCAAGGAAUAAGUCGGCAGAUUCCACCCUUAGAUCCUCAUGAAAAUACUAACAAUGGAGCCAUCAAACUUGGAAAGCAGACUUCACAGACGGACUGAAACAUCCAAAAAAUGGCAUUAUUUUUCAAGAAUUGGGACUCAGAAGUAAUGAAGUAACACCCCAUUAAUAAAAAUCAAAAGGGAAAAAGAAUUGAUUGUUCUUGUUCAUGGUACAGCAGGUCUCUCUAAAGUGCUAUAAUGUAAUGGGGCUGUAUGUAUACCUAGAAAAGUUACCUGUCAUCCCUUGUCUUCACUAAUGCUUCAUGGCAUGUGGUAAUAAGUGUGUAGUAGAUACGCAGCCAUUCUGACUGUAAUCAGACUUUUUCAGUACAGUGAUGAUAUGUUUUACUAUGCUACCAUUAGUUUUUUAAACCAGAGUCAGUUUUAAAUCACCUGCUAAGUACUCUUCCUCUGUUUUGUUUAUAUAAGGGCUUUGACUGGGCUGGACCCAAUCGCUUCAUGUAUGGGAUGCUGCAAUCUGUUAAUAUUUUACCUUCUGUUUUACAUAUUAAUUGUAUCAUACCUAAUAAUAUUUUUUGCCCUAAAAUACAGGGGUUUUGUGUUUUAUUUAACCUCCAGUGAUUAAUGCUAAUAAAUGUUUUAAAUACCUCUGAUUCUGGGAUGGCUCUGGUUUCAAUAAUGCAGAACAAAAUAGG